AUGGAUACGACCAGCCUCUCGUUGCGAUUGUCCACCCUCGCCCAUCUGGUGGGCACGUCGGCAGAGGCGUCGGUUCUGCCGCGAUUGCGCACCAUCGCUGCUGGCCUCGACGACGUGCCCGAUGCUUCCCUCCGCUUUCUCCUCCAGCACUGGCCCGAGUACGACGCGCAUCUCCAACCCCUCCCCCCUGCGCAUCCAGACGCACAGCACGCAGUCCAUGCACUCCAGCUGCACGACGAGCUAGCAACAGCCUACCGUGAGAUCAGCGAUAUCGCCGCAUUGCAAGGUGCAUUGGAUGCUAAGGCGAACAAGGCCCUCGCAAGUAAGUCGCCACGCUCUCACUUUCUCACACAAGCAGAGGCACUGGCUGAUGAUGACGUGCAUACAGAGUCGGUGGAUGCAUCCAGACUACACAUGGCAAAGCAGCGAGAGGAGGAGCAAGACGAGCGCGCAAAGUCGACCCACCAGCGCGUGUUGGAUCUCGUGACCAACUGGGCCAACUAUGUACGUCCCCCCCACACACACCCUCAACAGGCCAAGGAUGAUCGACUGACGGGCCAUGACAUGCAGACCACCUCCGUCUCGCACGCAUUCGUACUGCUCGACACGCAACUCGCCACACUCGAACGCCAACUGGCGCGUCUGGAACGCGAACGCUGCUAA